UGCUGCUGUUGUUGUUGUAUUGAUGAAGGUGGACGUGAAGCAGGAUGUUGAUUAUAAGGAUAAUAUCCAGAGUAAGACUGUGAGUAAUUAUAAUUAUAUGAAGAAGCACCUGGUGGUGUAACGCCUGGUGGUGGUGGUGGUGGUGGUGUUGAUUGCUGCUGUUGAUGAUUAACUCCCGGUGGUGCUGGAUUUACACCUGGAGGUGCCUCUGUACCUGGUGGAGGCGGAUAAUUACUAUAUUGAUAAUAUUGUUGGUAAUAUGCUUGUUGCUCCGGUGUUUGAUAUUGCUGAUAAUAUGCAGCGUAUUGUUGCCAUUGUUGUUGCUGUUGUUGCUGCUGCUGAUGUUGGCUAUUAUUAGUAUUUGUUGACCACGGAGGGUUAACUACUGAAUUAUUUUGUGAGUACGACAAUUUGAUUUUAUUUUUACCUACUUUUGAGCUUUACUAAUCUCAAAAGAA